GAAAUCUACUAGGGUCGAAAUAUUCUGGGUUAGGAUACAGUUUCGGGUGCCUAUGUAUAUCAAAGAUAUCUAUGAAAACAGAGGUUCCGGCUGGUAUUGUAUAACCACUUGGAAGACUUACAUCUUCUUCUACUGUUCUACCAAUGAAAGGAGCAGAUACGUAUUUCCUGUGAUGGACCUAAAACAUUCUCUCAUAGCUAAUCUCAACAUUUUACAUGGAAUUCUGAUUUUUACUUUGAAAUAUCGUUGAAAAGAUAAAGUAAUUAUGAUUAGCAGUUUGAACGAAAACGUAUAUAAGCUUCAAGACAGGUAAGUACCUUUCAUAAACUUCAAAAUGUAUCCCUUAUUGUUUGGUUGUAUGUUGGUUCUCCAAGGAGUCAGUGGAAAUUAUCUAUUUCCAGCAUGGGGAUCUUCAAACCCCACUCCUAGUCUGGAUGAAACACAAAUUGUUAACAAUGCAACUGCACCUAACUCAAGCAAGUAUUUCCAGACCUUCAACCUGAGGAAUUUGAAUCCUGUUUACUGGUUCUACGGUAGUUCAGAAGUUAACAAAUUAGACAAACUUUAUGAGUUGGUAGAAUGCGUUAUAGUAAACGAAGCCAACGAAUGUCGACAGAAGUUACAAGGAAGCCGGAAAUACUUUGAGAAGAAGGACGUCAAUGGGAAAAAUUCAACAAUUCAGCACAAUGGCGAAAGCAGUACUAAAAAAAUUGUAACGAUUAAACCUGCUGUCCAGAAUGAGCUUCCAGUUCAAGUUGAUGGAGGUUCAAAGGUUAAUUAUUCAAGUUCAUCGAAGAAUUCUACGGUAACUGAAGCAAUAGAAAACAGCACAAAGACAACAACGGUGCAAGACAGCACUGAACAUUAACAUGAAUUCAAUUGUCAUUCAAUACUUUGUUUAUUAAAGAAGUAUUUUUGA